UCAGUCCUACGUUUUAUAAACUUGAAUCUAAACUAGCUUAUAUAUAAAUUGCGACUAAGUUGUUACGUAAAUUACUAACCUAAGGCUAAUUAGCGUAAUAUAAAUUAUACUUCCAGGAAUUACUAAUUAUAUACGUGCAACAAUGAAUUCCGAUUCCUCGUCAGAGACAAACCUCGUGAUAAUUACUACCAAGGAUCGAUUUAAAUUAUUCUGCAAAACCUAUUGGAGGAUGUUAGUGGUGCUGAUUGCUCCAAUUUUACUAUCACCCGUGUUUUUCAUUGGUGCAAACAACGCAUACAAGGGUUUCUUCGUUUUUCUGCUGAUGGUUGUGUACUGGACUUUGGACGUGCUACAUCCCAGUGUGCUGGCAAUACUGCCCAUCGGACUCUCUUGCAUCAUGAACGGCAUAGGGAAUAGUUUUAUUACCGAGAUGUACAUUCGUAAUGAUCUGCUGGACUGUAUCGGAAUAAUGAUGAUCACGAUAGCCAUAGAGAAUAGUAACGUGCACCGAAGGGUCGCUCUCAAAGUGCUGCUGGUGUUCGGGUGCUCACAUUAUCGAUUAAGCUUCCUCAUCAUGUUCAUGAGCAUGUUCGUCUCCAUGUGGAUAUCCAGCAUAUUAGCCUGUGGGCUGAUGAUGCCGCUGGUCAAAGCUAUCCUUAUGGAGCUUGAGAAGAUGGGUAUCAUUGAAAUCUACCAAACAAUCGGAAAGGCUCAGCAGAAGUCUAAUCGCCAUGAAAUCAUUGCUCCUAGGCCUUCAGACUUUACGGUGUUUUAUUUUCUUGGCAUGGCAUAUUCGUCAUCUAUUGGUGGCAUGGCGACAAUGUUGGGCAGUCAGACCAAUCAGAUAUUCAAAGUUUACUGUGAGACGAUAUUCCCGAUUGGUCCGAAGAUUGAGUUCCCGCAUUUCAUGCUGCUGAACCUUCCAGCAGUGCUGGUCAUGGAAACACUUCUGUAUUUGUGGAUGAACUUCAAUUUCUUAGGAAUGUUCAGAGCCCGCAGCGACGUAGAAAUUGGUAUGACAGAAGAAGAAGCGCAAUACAUCGACACGCUUUUAGCCACACAGUAUCAACAGCUCGGGAAAAUCAAGUUUCAAGAGUAUGUUGUUUCUGCUAUAGUAGUGCUGACAUGUUUUCUACAUGCCACGACCAGCAGCGCACACAUCGACCAUUCCCUACUGGGUACCACCAACCAGUUUCACCAUCACUUGAGAGUCUCAACACCAUGCAUGAUGUGUGUGGUUCUGCUUUUUAUGAUGCCUAUCAAUUUGGAUUUCCUCAAGUAUUUCAAGAGGCGAACAGAUGGGAACAUGGAGCCUUUGCCGACAACCCAAACCAAAUCGUGUCUCAAUUGGUCCAUGUUACGACGAGAUAUUCAUUGGAGCGUACCUUUAAUUAUAGCCGGCAGCUGUACUCUAUUCGAGUCUCUCAGAGACUCAGAAAUGAACGCAGAAUUCGAGAAGUUCCUGCUAAUGUUCCAAGGCUGGUCGCGAUCGGCGGUGGUGUUCGUUAUAGUUGUGUUUUGCAAGGCGCUCACGGAAUUCGCCACCAACUUCUGUGUGGUUUAUGCUAUUUUGCCCAGCAUUGCUAAAGUGGCCGUAGUCUCCGACGUGAACCCUCAUUGCCUGAUGAUGGCGGCCACGCUCGCCAGCUCACUGCCAUUCCACCUCAUGACAGGAUCCCCAGUGAAUGCCAUGGUCUGUGCUUAUGUGCACAUCCCGCCUUGGAAGAUGAUGUACGCGGGCAUCGGGCCGUCAAUAAUAGCGAUAAUAGUGGUCUGGUUUACUGUGGCGGUAUGGUCUACAGCCAUAUGGACCGACAUCACGCUCGACCCGGAGUGGGCCGAUGUCAACGUCUUCAAGAUAUUUAAGACGAGAGUUUAAGGCCUGGUUUCCCUGGUUACCGAUAAAGUGUCAAUUAGUUAUGUGGUAGUUAGUGUUAUCUGCUAGAUAUUGCUAUCAGAAACCUGUAAACCAAGUUAUAGUUCAUCUGUCAGAUAAGUUCCUAACAGAGACCUUAUCAGUAACCAGCGAAGUUGGCCACAGCAGUUAUAGUUUACCUGUCAGAUAAGUUUCUAGUAGGCUAUCUGAAACUUUAUCAGUAA